UCACGUGCGGCGGACACAGUCCGGGCAAAUCCACCGUACGGCGAACUUCAAAGUAAAAGCCAUCCUAUGGAAAUAAGCUUGAAAGAGAGGUCAAACUAGCUAUAUACACCAUAAACACUGCGUGGGUAGUUGUAUUCCUAUUCAAUAUAUAUUCCUCUUAUAGGUGUGCUUUUCAUUGUCUUAUUAUAAUUGUAUAAUCCACCUGUUCUUGCUCGUUGAAGUGGAGUUUAUUGUGAAUGUUUGAACAGGAAGUUUACUUGACGGUAUGGAGCAACUGAGAUUACACCCUAGCUAGUACCGUUCAUUGACCAUCCCAGCAGUUAUCACGAAAACCGGGGACGGGAAUGGCAGUGCGUCCUGUACUGGGAUUCAACUGUAGCUUUAUGUGUCGUUUAAACAGUCCCAACUAGUGUUUUUUAAAUCUGUAGCUAUAAUGUUAAGGAAUAUAGUUGGGGUUAGAACAGUUUGGCAUACAGAUGUUAGCAGCUGUGGAGCAAGAACCCGUUAAUCCGAUGUAACAGUCUGACGGUGGGGCCAUCGCUGUGUGUUUCCAUGUACUGCGGCCGGACUGUGAGCAACAUGACGGAGAAAGCGACUGUCCGCCAGCAGAGCUCGGAGAAUAACUCUGUUAGCAGCAGUGAGUGGGACAUGGCAAACGAUGUGUUUGUGUCCGGCUACGACGACAAUCCGCUGGUAGACAGUGCUGCUGCUGCUGCGGACAGGGACUCGGCGCAGCCCGGCUUGGACAGACACCUGCCGCUGCUAUCCCAGGAUGGCAUGAUGCUGGGCCUGGCUGGGGAGGAAUACUCGGGCUCAUCGUAUCUGGACAUCGACCCGAACUACACUGAAAGUGAUGGGAACGUCACAACCAAGAAGCGCAUACGGUCCAAUAGCUCCAGGCACCGCGGUGACAUCGUUACGGAGCUCGGACCGGAGGAGGUCCGAUGGUUUUACAAAGAGGACAAGCGGACGUGGAAGCCAUUCGUCGGACACGACUCUUUAAAAAUCGAGAUCGUCUAUCGGAGAUUCUGCGAGCAGAACCCUGACAAGGUCAAACACCCCAUCGAGCCCGCCGAGGCCGAGGGAAAGGAGGCAACCAGGUCCGAUGAGAUCCAGCCGGAAAGCGGGGCCGUGGACAGUGGAAGUGUCCGGGCGGAGCCGGCAGUGCAAUGGGGCGGAGGGCAGCGGCGCUCGGUGUCAGAUGAGAUGAAGGAUCCGGACGACAUCAGCGUCAUUGUGGAGGCAGUGUGUGUCAGAGGGGGGCUCUAUGAAGUGGACAUCAGAGAAAAGGAAUGCUACCCUGUUUACUGGAACCAGCAAGACCGUAUUCCUGUGAUGAGGGGUCAGUGGUUCAUCGAUGGAACAUGGCUUCCCCUGGAGGAGGACGAGAGUGACCUCAUUGAGCUGGAGCACCUUGCCCGUUUCCGGGGACAACAGAUGAAGGACACCUACGAGAUGGAGGCGGUGACCACCACAGUGGACAGCAAGGACGCCAUCCACAGUCUGAAGCUGAGCAGGAGUCAUGUGGACUGGCACAGUGUGGAUGAGGUGUAUCUGUACAGUGACGCCACCACCUCCAAGAUCGCACGCACUGUCACCCAGAAACUGGGCUUUUCUAAAGCCUCCAGCAGCGGGACACGUCUCCAUCGGGGGUACGUGGAGGAGGCAGCACCUGAGGACACCCCACCUGAAACCACACACAUCGUCUUCGUUGUGCAUGGCAUUGGACAGAAGAUGGACCAAGGCCGCAUCAUCAGGAACACCAGCAUGAUGAGAGACUCUGCCAGAAAGAUGGAGGAGAAGCACUUCUCUGAUCGCACCACAGAGCAUGUGGAGUUCCUUCCUGUGGAGUGGAGGUCUAAACUGGCUCUGGAUGGAGAUACGGUGGACUCCAUCACUCCAGACAAGGUGCGAGGUCUCAGAGACAUGCUCAACAGCAGCGCCAUGGACAUUAUGUAUUACACCAGUCCUCUGUACAGAGACGAGAUUACCAGGGGUUUGACUCUAGAGCUGAAUCGUCUGUACUCACUCUUCUGCUCGCGGAAUCCAGACUUUGAGAAACAUGGGAAAGUGUCUAUAGUGUCACACUCGCUGGGCUGCGUCAUCACCUUCGACAUCAUGACAGGUUGGGAUCCUGUGCGCUUUCAUCAUCAAGAAGCGCCAGACCCGGAGGAGACAAGGGUCCGCUGGCCGAGUGACGAGGAGCGCCAUCUUCAGGAGCAGCUGAGACUCACACGGCUCAGGUUGAGGGACUUGGAGGAUCAGUUCCAGGGUUUGCAGACCUCCUCUUCUGUUGCAGUGCCAGCGUUAAAAUUCAAGGUAGAAAAUUUCUUCUGCAUGGGCUCUCCUCUGGCUGUUUUCUUGGCGUUGCGAGGGAUCCGGCCUGGAAGCAACGGUGUGCAGGACCACAUCCUGCCCACAUCUAUCUGCAAACGCCUCUUCAAUAUAUUCCAUCCCACUGACCCUGUGGCAUACAGAUUGGAGCCUCUUAUCUUAAAACACUACAGUAACAUUGCACCUGUUCAAAUCCACUGGUACAACACCACCAGCCCGACACCGUACGAUCAGAUCCGGCCCACACUGCUCAACCCAGGUAUACCAAAGGAGACCACGUCAAUCUCAGACUCAGAGAGCAUCCCCAGCCCCUGCACCUCCCCGCCCCAGGCCCGACGGCACUACGGAGAGUCCAUUACCAGCCUGGGCAAGGCCAGCAUCAUGGGUGCUGCGAGUCUGGGAAAGGGAAUAGGAGGAAUCCUGUUUUCCCGCUUCUCCCGUUCCAGCGGCCAGGUGGGCGGAGUGGAGGAGGAGCCGUCAGAUUGUGAGGGUGGAGCCUCCGAAGUGGAAAAUGUGGCGUCAGGAGAGGAAGGAGCGACAGUGGCAGACGCCGAAGAGAAGGACAAAGAAUUGGAGGAGGAGAGGAGGGAGGUAGAGCCUGCCAUGUCCCAGUCCACCUCAGCUGUUAUGGACAGCACGUCAUUGGAAUUGGAGAGACGCGUCGACUUUGAGCUGCGGGAGGGCUUGGUGGAGAGCCGCUAUUGGUCAGCGGUGACCUCACACACGGCCUAUUGGUGCUCUUAUGAUGUGGCUCUUUUCCUUCUCACCUUUAUGUACAGACCACAAGAACCGCCUGAACCUACAGAGGACAACCCAGACACCUCAUAACAUAAGUGCAAAACUGACACAUGGAACCACCACAGCUGGGGUCAAUUCACUUUCUAUUCACACCCUCUGAAAUAUAAACUGAAAGCCCAGUUCAUGAAGCGGAAUGGAAGAGACUUCACUCCUCAUUCUUGAAUGUCUUAAAAUAAUUAACUGCUCCAUACAAUAUUUGAUUUAAAGCAAUAUUUAAACCUAAAUAAUAUAUAAUUUAACAUGUUAUGAAAUCUUUGAGAUCUUUGAAAUGUGAAAUAUUGGAAGAUUGAUUCCUAUUUUAGAAUAUUUUUACAUUUUGUUUGACCAAAAAUGUAGGUGAAUAACUGUUUUCUAAUAUUGCACGUUAACGUAUUGUGAAUGGCACUCGUCCAGAUGAAAAUGAUUGAUGACGCUUAAUUUGUGCUAUUUUUUGAUUUGAUUGGAAGAGGGCUUUAAAAAUAGGUUUAAAGCUAGUGGCCUAGAGGCUGCGAUGUUCAUUAAACCACACAACACUAAAGUGCUGCGCAAGAUUAUUUGUCUGCACUGUUUUGUCAGCAUUUUUUAAUUUCAAAUUGUUAUAUGUCAUGCAGCCAUGAAUGGCAAAUAAUAAGCAAACUAAAAUGACUGUUAUAACUGACAGAAUUGAAAAUGAAUUGACCCAACACAGACACAAGCACACACAAAUCACUCACCUGUUUUACUCAUGACAUGUGACGUCCUCCCAGUUUACACACUGUAACCUCGAUGUGACCUUUGGUCCGGACUGAGUGGACUGAGCUCAGCCCUCAGUGAGGUGUUUACGCUCAAAGCCUAUCCCCUGUUUCCUGGUCAUCUCUCUACAACAACUGCUGUUUCCUGUGCAAUGCUCCCUACUGUGUUCAGCUGUGUCGGAGAUCCCACUGUGGAUUGAUGUUUGUCUCACCACAAACCUCUGUCCGUCUGCGACUGUGACUGUUUGUGCUGCUGAGACUGUAGUCAUAGAGAAAACCCCAGUGCUUGUUCCAUGUCUAACCUCAUGCUUGUGAGAAAUAUGUUGAAUAAUUUCUCAUCAUAUUAUGCCUCACAUGAGAAGAUACAAACCACAUGUGAUCAUGUUAGGUCAUAUUGUAAAGAAGGUUAAAGGGAAUUCUAUCCAACACAAUGCACUACACAGACUUACUGAGUCUUAAAACCUGAGUAUUUGACAGAAACAGCCAGUGUCUGAGUCAAAGCUACAUUAAGUGAUUUCUGACCACUGGACUCCACAACAAACGCCCUGCAGCUUAUCAUGCAGCUAUUAGAAAACAGUUGGCUAACUCUAACCCUGUGACUACACAGGAGGUGUAGCAUGAGCAGCAUGUUAGCAGAGCAUCAGCAGCUUCAGCGCUCCACCUGUGUUUACACAGGACGUGUUUAGGCACAGUGAUGUGUGUGUAGACCACCUGUGUCCAACACACAAUGGGACACGGGCCGUGAUGUGGCCUGUGUAGACAGUUAAUUGAAAGAGAACUGCUUGGUGCACCUGGUGUACAUGUGACACACUUGGACACAGGGUAGGCAUGUUGGAGGUUUGUGACAGUCAUGUCCAGUCACAUUAACACUGUAUCGCAAACACAGGCUGUGGCUGCAUGAUCAGACCAGGACUUGGCAGGGCAGUUAGUUUAGUUUUAUUUAUUAGUAAACUAUAUAAGGUAUCAUUUUAGGAAUGAUUACAGCAAAAAAAAAUUCUGAUCCUAACCAUUAAUUGAAUAAAAAGUCACUUAAUGGAAGCUUUAACUCUACGCUGAUAUCAGCCCCUGUGGCACGCCAUCAGAUUUACUUCGAAAUGUUUGUGUCAGGAAUAAAGGACAUAACACUGACAUUAAGCCGAUAAAAAAACACUAGUGGCCAAAUAUUUGCAAGUUGCCAACAGCCUAGUUGUCCUUGUAGCUGUUAGAGCUCUUACUCAUUGCAAGAUGAUGGCAUGAUGCGCACUGUAAUCUCAGUCCAAUAUUAGGCACAAACUACCACUACACUAAAAUAUCAUACUGCACAUCAUUUGAUAUUUUGUCGCAAAGUCUACAGAAAAUAGUUCAGUAAAGCAACAACUAGUUUCAGAGUAUCUUGUGGUGAAGAAGUGAUCGUGAGACUGAAAUUAAUGACGAAAAAGUUACAUCAGAGAAUUUUUUCACAUUUAUUUUUUGAUCGUUAAGCAUUUUGAAUUUUUGAAGGAACUGAAACCACACUUUGGCUCAAGCAAAGCAUGAUAUGGAUAUGUUCCAUGUGCAAAGAUAAUGGGCUUUGCUUUAUUUUGACUUGACUGAGACAUGGAAACACAAGCAUGUAGACCAGAACCUGCUGAUUCCACAUGUUAAUUAAAUGAAACAUUCAAACCUGCCAUAAAUGAAGCUUAGAAUGAAAUAUUUUUACCUUCAUGUUCAUUGUUUUGUUGUGAUACGUGCUUAAAGUUUUUCUGUUUCUCAUAUUUGAUGUAUGUACCUUAUAGCUGUAGAUUAGUUUUAGAGAUGGAGCCUCUGGACGCAGAAACAGUUUUUCAGAGUGAAAAAUCCAGUUGCAAACAAGAGAGGCCUUAACUCACAGGGACAUUUAAUCUGACAAUGAAAUGAUUUCUGACUCCACAGCUGCUCUGGCUUGUUCUAAUCUAAUUUUUCUUUCUCCCCUCUGGCCACCAACUGCUUCACAGCUGACUCAGCUAGUCUCAGUGUUGUUCUAAUAGUCAGCUAUUAGAAGAAAAGUGGAUUUCCAAAGAUCAAUUGAUUAUUUAACUACAAAAAACAUUUCCUUUGAAUUCUGCUCAAAUGUCACAAGUUGCAGCAGCAGUUCUGUUUUGGGGAGAUACUAAUUGGGUUUUGACUUGAUCUGCUGCUUGUUCACUUACUGUGUUAUUCAAGUAGUUAUUUAUAUGAUAUCUGGAUUUAAAUAGUUGAUUAUUUGUCGAAGUUUUUUUCAAACUGACUUGAUCAUGUUUUUCUUUGAAUAUUGUUUAAAAAGUAAAGAGUAAGAUAUCAGGUGAAUGAUGAUAUAUACUGUGAGGCAGUGUUGUAGUCCUUGAGCCCAGGACUCUGACUUGAGUCCUGGUUUUCAGGACUUGUGACUCAACUUGGACUUGAGCACUGAUGAUUCAGACUAGGAUCGCGUAGCGCUGACUGUGAUGAGGACCUUUUUGUUGAGUUUUUUUGUAACAGGCACAUAAUAAUUUGGUAUAAGCUAUUGAUAGCUAUAUCAAUACUGUAACAUUAUUCAAUUAUGUGCAAAGGCAGGUAUGUGUGUUCAUCAUGUGCACACUAUCAGUAACAGUUAGUGCUAAGAUUCAGUCUCAGACUCAGGUAAUGGGGACUUGACUCAGAGUCAACUUGGGCUCUUCCUUGGUGAGUCAGACUCAACCUCUGGGAACUCAAGACCCGACUCUGAUUUUAGAUGUAGUGACUCGACUACAACAAUGCUAUGAGGUAUUAUACGUUUGUUAAUAGAGAUUUUGCCAUAAUGAUCUAUCCUUUGAAAUCUCAGAUUAGGGCUGAUUAAUGGAUUUUUAUUUGGUUGGUUGGUUAUUUGGUCAAUGUGGUUACGCUCCUACCUAGAAACAGACAUUCUUGUCAGGUUAAAUGACCCAUCAACACUUUCUCUCUAUCUGCAGUGAACAGUCUUGUUGCAGAGUAAACUUUUGCAUGUGCAGGGUCAUAACAUGCAGGUGAAUAGCUGUUCAAACAGAUUAGAUAUUUAGAUGGAUAUUUUUGGUUAGAAGUGGUCAAAAUAAUACCACCAUUUAAAGGUGAGAGAAAAAUGCCAAAUAGAGUUAAAUAGCAAAAUGUCAGUGAUGGCUACUAGAGUUGGAACAGGAAGCCAUGUACCCUAUGUUUUUGCUGCACUAUAUGAAAGUCACAUCAGACUUUUUGCAUUGGCUCUAAAGGAUGCCAUUACAAAUAUACAUCAUAAGUGCCAUGAGGAUGAAUGAUGCAAAACGUUGCAUACGACUGUAAAUGAUAGGGACUAGGUUUCCCAUACCAUGUUUGCAGCACCAGGUGGCACCCUGGUCAUUGAGAUUCAUUGCAGGUGUUUGGUUCCUGCUCCAGUGUCAUCCUAGUACCAAACAGCUUACCAGUGUGUUCUUGCCUGUAUCUAUCCUUCUGGUAAACGUCAUAGGGUUAAAUGAAUAUCUCCCUCUUGUGGAGCACCUUAGGCCUACCAUUAUGUGUGCCAUAUCUAAGCAACAACAAUAAGGGGUCUACUGAGGACAGAGAUGAUGUUAUGGCAUGAAGGAUCUUCUUUUUCUGCCAUGAACUGUGCCAUGGCCAAACGUCAUUCCCCUGAAAUAAAACUCAAACUAUCUUUUCAUAUCACAUAUCACAUUCAGUGAUAGAGAGGAUACAGAAUGUUUUUGGCAGCCAAGUUUAAACCAUUUAAAGAGUGACUGUGAUUUGACAUGAUAUACUGUUUAUUCUAUGUUCCAAUAAUUUUGUAAAGUGCCAUUUUGUUUUUCAGUUUCUCAUUUUGUUGUUUGUGAAAUUAUUCAAAUGUUACGUUGCAGCUGAACAGUGUCAUCAAGAACAUCUGUGGUUAACUUCCUUAGCUGAGUGAAAGCAAAUGAAAUGUGUCCUUCUUUGCACACGGGGACACUGUCAGUCUGUGGUCAUGCUCACCAUUCCUCGCUGUACCGUUCCUUCUUGGAUGAUGUGGUGCUUUACCUUGAUAGAUCUUUGAUUUUUCAUUAAAAUUAAGGGGACCCACACCUCUGCUACACCA